UACCUGUGGCCGCCCAAGUCCGCCACUUUCUGCUCUGUGGCCGCCCAUUGCCACGAUCCAGGAGGACUCCGCGCCGCCCGGCCGCCUCCGAGCUCGGGCCCCAUGUGAGGGCCCCCCCUUAUCCCACCUUUCCGGCUAGGUGAGGGCGCGAGCGGGCGAGCGAGCGAGAGUGGUGAGGGGGGACGGAAAAGCAGAAUUACCUGUAGCUCUUGUUCUGCCAUCUCGGGCGCUCUCACACACCUUCACCUGCACAGACUUGAAAGUCCAGUUUCACCAGAGGCUGAGGCUCCAGGAAAAGGGGAGCGAGUUCAUUGGAUCAAACAUGUCACAAGAGUCGGACAAUAAUAAACGACUGGUGGCAUUAGUGCCCAUGCCCAGUGACCCUCCAUUCAAUACCAGAAGAGCCUACACCAGUGAGGAUGAAGCCUGGAAGUCAUAUUUGGAGAAUCCCUUGACGGCGGCCACCAAGGCGAUGAUGAGCAUUAACGGUGAUGAGGACAGUGCUGCUGCCCUGGGCCUACUGUAUGACUACUACAAGGUUCCCCGAGACAAGAGGCUGCUGUCUGUAAGCAAAGCAAGUGACAGCCAAGAAGAACAGGAUAAAAGAAACUGUCUUGGCACCAGUGAAGCCCAGGGAAAUUUGAGUGGAGGAGAAAACCGAGUGCAGGUCCUAAAGACUGUUCCAGUGAACCUUUCCCUAAAUCAAGACCACCUGGAGAAUUCAAAACGAGAACAGUAUAGCACAAACAUCUCUGAGAGCCCAGCCAUCAUCCCCGUGUCAGGAAUCACAGUGGUGAAAGCUGAAGAUUUCACACCUGUUUUCAUGGCCCCACCGGUGCACUAUCCCCGGGGAGAUGGUGAGGAACAACGUGUGGUUAUCUUUGAACAGACUCAGUAUGGCGUGCCCUCCAUGGCCAGCCAUAGCACCUACCUCAAAGAUGACCAGCGCAGCACCCCGGACAGCACUUACAGUGAGAGCUUCAAGGAUGGAAACACUGAGAAAUUCCGGAGUGCUUCAGUUGGGGCUGAGGAGUACCUGUAUGACCAGACAUCAGGCGGCACAUUUCAGUACACUCUGGAAGCCACCAAAUCUUUGCGUCAGAAGCAGGGGGAGGGCCCCAUGACCUACCUCAACAAAGGACAGUUCUAUGCCAUAACGCUCAGUGAGACUGGAGACAACAAAUGCUUCCGACACCCAAUCAGCAAAGUCCGGAGCGUGGUGAUGGUGGUCUUCAGUGAAGACAAAAACCGAGAUGAGCAGCUGAAAUACUGGAAGUACUGGCACUCCCGGCAGCAUACGGCAAAGCAGAGGGUCCUUGACAUUGCUGAUUACAAGGAGAGCUUUAAUACAAUUGGGAACAUUGAGGAGAUUGCAUAUAAUGCUGUUUCCUUCACCUGGGAUGUGAAUGAAGAGGCGAAGAUUUUCAUCACUGUGAAUUGCCUGAGUACAGAUUUCUCCUCCCAGAAAGGGGUGAAAGGACUUCCUUUGAUGAUUCAGAUUGAUACAUACAGUUAUAAUAAUCGUAGCAAUAAGCCCAUUCAUAGAGCUUACUGCCAGAUCAAGGUCUUCUGUGACAAAGGAGCAGAAAGGAAAAUCCGAGACGAAGAGAGGAAGCAGAACAGGAAGAAGGGGAAAGGCCAGGCCUCCCAAACCCAGUGCAACAGCUCCUCUGAUGGGAAGUUGGCGGCGAUACCAUUACAGAAGAAAAGCGACAUCACCUACUUCAAAACGAUGCCUGACCUGCACUCGCAGCCAGUCCUCUUCAUACCUGAUGUUCACUUUGCAAACCUGCAGAGGACAGGACAGAUGUAUUACAACACGGAUGAUGAACGAGAAGGCAGCAGUGUCCUUGUUAAACGGAUGUUCAGGCCCAUGGAAGAGGAAUUUGGUCCAGCACCGUCUAAGCAGAUGAAAGAAGAAGGAAUGAAGCGAGUGCUUUUGUAUGUGCGGAAGGAGACGGACGAUGUGUUCGAUGCUUUGAUGUUGAAAUCACCCACAGUGAAGGGCCUGAUGGAAGCGAUAUCUGAGAAGUACGGGCUGCCUGUGGAGAAGAUCACAAAGCUUUAUAAGAAAAGCAAAAAAGGCAUCUUGGUGAACAUGGAUGACAACAUCAUUGAGCACUACUCCAAUGAGGACACCUUCAUUCUCAACAUGGAGAGCAUGGUGGAAGGCUUCAAGAUCACACUCAUGGAAAUCUGAGCCCAGCUCUUGGCAUCCCCUCGGCAGAGGCCCUCAGUGCAUUCCUCCCCAGGAGAGAUGGAGGCCCCAGCCUGGAACCCGGACACCCACCUCCCCCAACUCAAAACCACUGUUACAGACCACACUGGGAGCCAGACGAGGCACAGAGCCCCGGUUCUUAUCGGUGUGUUGGGCCCAUCUGCAGGGUCCUACUGGAGCUGAAGCCUGAGGCCCUCAGGAACGUGUGCUGGGCCUGUCAGAUACUUAUUUAUUCUCCACCUUCUUCGGGAACCCAGGGUCCAGGCCCGCCAAGGCACAGCUGGUCACUGCUGGCCUCAGAUGAGACCGUCCAGAGCUAUCCCCCUCCAAGGGAGACAUAGCCAAUCCGUUCACUCCAGAGAGCCUGAGAAUGCCCGGGCCCUUCCGCCUCACCUGCACUUCUCCUGAGUGGCUGGACCAAACGAGCUGCUGCCACUUUCUGGUCACAAACCUUCAGGCCACUCUGGGGAAGGCCAUCUUGCUAAAUACCUCCCAGGGUUUGUCACGAGUGGCUGCCAGGCCUUGUACAGGAAGACAUUCAGCUGCCAUGAUAUUAGUAACUCAGAAGGCGUGCCUGGACAUCGUGUACAUAGUGUUUAUAAUAUCACAAUAAUAUAUUUUACCCGUGGUACGUGGGCAUGUUUACUGCCCCUGAGCU